AAAAUAUCGUCAAUCACUCCCAAACUUUCGCAAAUUUACGGUUACUGAGGUGCAGUCGUCGGCGAAAGAAAUUGAAAACUGCAUUUAAACCAAACGCAAUCAGUCGGGCCUUUCGACAAACAAUUUUCGUCGUUCGGAGCGAGCCAGUUUAGGCGGAAAAAUCAGAGCCAAGAUUGGUGGUUGCCAACGUUACGCACGCGUACAAUACCUUAGCGAGACCACAAAAAAAAACACCUAUGCGAAGCGAAGAGUGAAGAAAUGCCUCUAACCUGAGUGAAAGUGCUGCAGUUAACAAUAUUUUUUUUUGUUUUUGUAUAUUUUGUGCAACACCAACAAAAACAGCAACGACUACCUGUUCUACCUGUAGCAGUCGUAUCGAAAAUCUAUCCACCCCCGUCCACCCUAAAUCCAUCUGUUGCGCGCUGCUGCUCUGCGGUUGUCGUGUGUGUUCGUGUGCGUCUUUUUGCAUGUGUGUGUCAACGUUUGUGCGAAAAUUUGUUUCUUUUCUUUAAUGAAAUUAAUGUCUUAUUAACGGGUCUGCUGCUGCCACUGCCACUGCUGCUCCAAUUGGAUACCAACAUAUUUAAACAGCUCUUCCACACUCAAGAUGGCGCCCAUGCCGCGCAUUCAGCUGCCCAACAGCCCCAAUGCGGCCAUCAAAGCCAACACAAACAGUUUUCUCUAUGCGGAAACCAUGUCCGGCGACAGCAGCCCCACGCCCAGCAGUCCGCCCUCCAGCACAGCGGGCGUUGCCAAAUCUCAGUGUUCGUCCUUAUCCGAUGGCGAGUCCUUCGAGGGCUAUGGCGAGAACGAGUAUCCCGCCCAACUGAGGGAAGGACGGAAUGGCUCCAAUUCGAGCAACAACAACAACAACAACAGCAUCAGCAACAACAACAACAACAGUAGCAACAACCACGCCAAUGGCAACAACAAUCUCAGCGUGGGAAGCUCCAAUCACAGUGGACACUCGAACGAUGGAAAUAACAAUCUGAACGCCAGCGUUGGCAUCGAACUCGAUCUGGCCCCGCAUGCGGGCUCAUCCACGCCCCAAGACGAUGACGAACUGAACAUUAUGCCCCGAGACAAUUGGGCCAGACGCAGUCUGAGACGCACACCGACAAGCAAUCCCGAUAGCUUAUCGCAGCGUCGUUGGGGCUCCAUGAGACAUUCUGGCCGCAGACAGAUUAGCACCAAUGCCUUAGCCAGCCAACUCUAUAGAUCAUCGAGCUUUAACUCCUCGGGCCGUAGCUCCAACUGUGAUACAACCGAAGACAUGUACAGCGAUAUAAGCUUGGAGAAUCGCCAUGACUACGAUUAUAGGCUGGAGCUGCUGCAGCGCAAGGUUGAUGAUCUGUCGGAUACACAGAAUAUAGCCGAGGAUCGAACGACACGAACCAAGACCGAAUAUGCAGUGCUCCAGGCGCGAUAUCACAUGCUGGAAGAGCAGUUCCGAGAGUCGGAGCUGCGCGCCGAGGAACGCCUGGCCGAGGAGCAGAAGCGCCACCGCGAGAUCCUGGCCCGCGUGGAGCGCGAAGCCUCGCUGCAGAACGAGAACUGCCAGAUGAAAAUCAGAGCCACCGAGAUCGAGGCCAACGCCCUGCGCGACGAGGCGCAGCGCCUGCGUGUGCAGUGCGAUAAGCAGGCCAACGAUUUGCAUCGCACGGAGGAGCAGCUGGAGCUGGCACGCGAUCAGAUCGCCGCCCUCCAGCAGGAGUACGAAGAGCAGCAGCAGACACUGCGCAAGCAGGAGAUGGAGAAGAAGUCCGCGGAGGAGCUGAUGCUGGAGCUGAGCGGGGAGCUGCAGCGGGCGCGGGAGGAGAACGGGGCGAGGGCCAUGCCCACCACAUCGCCGGAGAGCAUAAGACUGGAGGAGCUGCACCAAGAGCUCGAGGAGAUGCGCCAAAAGAAUCGAUCACUCGAAGAGCAGAACGAGGAGCUGCAGGCCACCAUGCUCACCAACCAGGUCACCAUGCUGAGCACCGGUGUGGAGCAGGGCCGCCAUCUGCUCAACGGUACACUGGGCAGCCUGGCCCAGGAGCUGGAGGAGAUGUCACAAGCGCAGGAGUCUGUGGAUUCAGCCACAUUAGCAUCCUUAAGUCAGCUGCAACAGGCCUUCCAGGAAAAGGAUGACGAGAAUGUCCGGCUCAAGCACUAUAUUGAUACCAUACUACUCAACAUUGUGGAGAACUAUCCCCAGCUACUGGAAGUCAAGCCCAUGGAGCGCAAGUAAAGCCGAAUACGAAAUAGAACCAGAAGCUGCAACGUAACCAGAACAAGAACCACAACCAGAAGACACUGGCGGCCGUGUCGCAACCACCUAACAAUAAACACCAACUAAAAUGAACAACUAAACUAAAUAAAACAAAAUUGUACUUUACGUUCAUAUUUUAA